AUGGCCGAGCAGCCCGGCGCGCUCCACUUGUACCCGCCGUCCCGAGGCCGCUUCGCUGUCCCGCGCGACCACUUUCGCUUCACCUCCGCUGCUCAGUUCGACCUCACGUAUCUGAGCUACGACGCCUUUGCACGCGACGCCCGCAGCCCUGUCCUCUUCUACGCUGGCAACGAAGGCGCCGUCGAGCUCUUCUACAAUAACUCAGGCGCGCUCUUCACGCUCGCCUCCAGGCUGGGCGCUCGCCUGCUCUUUGCCGAGCACCGCUACUACGGCUCCUCGCUGCCUUUUGGCGCCGCCUCCUUCACGCCGGCCAACCUUAGCCUCCUGAGCGUCGAGCAGGCCCUCGCGGAUUACGCCGCCCUGCUCCUCGCCCUGCCGGCGGAGCUCGGCUGCCGGAGCGCCCGCCCCUCCGUCGACCCGAGCCGCCCUCUCUGCGACACGGUCCUCUUUGGCGGCUCGUACGGCGGCAUGCUCGCGGCGUGGCACCGGGUCCGCUACCCGCACCUCAGCCUCGGUGCCGUGGCGAGCGGCGCUCCCGUCGACUUUUACGACGGCGUGCAGAGCCGCUUCGCCGCCGCCGUCAACCGAACAUUUGCCGUCUACGGCGGCAAAGGUUCGGGCUGCUCGUCCGCGCUGCAGGCCGCGCUCGCUGCCGCCGACGCCGCCACGCCCUCGCAGCUCGUCGCGGCGGGCAUUCGGCCGUGCGACCCGAUGGGCGGCGACGCGGCGAUGCUCGACUACCCAUACCAGAGCCGCUUCGUCGGCCUGCUGCCGCCGAACCCGGUGCGGCGCGCGUGCGGCGACCUGCUCGCGCCGGGCGAGCCGCUCCGCCGGCUCCACUCCGCCGUGCUGCGCCUUGUCAACGGGACGGGCGCGCUGCGCUGCGUCGACUUGCGGGCCGAGCUGGUCGGCGGGAGGCCUGGUUGGUGGGCGGACGGGAGCGACUUGGGCGCGUGCACCGAGCUGCCCCUCGAGCCGAUCACGAGCGACGGCUUCGGCUUCUACCCCGAGGCGAGCGGCAAGCAGGCGGCGCAGCUGGCGGACAGGUGCGCGGACCGCUUCGGCGUGCGGCCGCGGCCCGGCUGGAUGGGGCUCGCCUUUGGCCACGGCGCCGACUACCGCCACCACUCGAACCUCCUGUUCGUGGAGAACGACAAGGACCCGUGGCAAAUCGGCACCGAAUCUGUCGCCAGCGGCGGGUCGGUCCGCCGUUUCGUCGCCGCCGGAGGAGCCCACCACCAGGACUUGCGUUUCCCGUCACCGCUCGACGCGCCGGGUGUCAGCGCGGCGCGGCGCGUUGUCGAGGAGACGGUGCGUGGGUGGCUUGAGCUUAACCCCCGCGGGUCGCCGGCUCGCGACGCGGCAUAA